UCAGACGAGGACUUCCACAGUAAUGUGUAUGACACCGGGUACAGGGUCCAAGUUUAAAAUGGCCGUCUCCUCCUUUGUAUAAUGCUGGGAGGAUAAGAUUUGGAGGAGAGAUAUUAAAAAACACACUAGCACACAGACCAGUAGAUAUGGAAAGAUGUUUUUUAGAACAAGAGGUCAGUGAGAACUGGACUCGGGAACAUCUUUGAAUGCUCAUCGUAGAAUCAUUUCCUGUGUUUGUUUAGGCAGCCCAGAGGCCCGUGUUCACUGGAUUUGAGGUCCAUGAGGCCUGGAGCUAAAUAACUGGGGGACAGACACACAGUCAGUUCUGUUUCACUUCUGUGUUGGUACAGUUCACUGGUGUAUUUAUUUACCAUACAAUUUUUUCUCCUUGAAUUCUGGGCAUGAAUGUUAAUAUUUAAUUAAGCUCCUUAAUGACUGAUCAAACCAUUUUGUCUGACUGUAAGGUAUCUAAUAUACAUGCAUUGAAAUUCUGUGUAAAUAAUCAUAUUGUAAUUACUUGGCAACAGAUCAUUUGAAUAAAUGAAAAGUGACCAUCAGUGCGUCAUGAUGAUACUGCGUAUGUAUGUUGACAUUGUGUGUUUGUGAGCAGGUGCAUAUGAGUGCGUGUCAAUGCGUGCGUGAGAGAGCGAGAUGGAGAGAGGGAGUUAAUUUAAGCCAUGCGUGUGGUCAUGUGUGGGCUCUCUAAGCGUGUAUCUGCCCUCGUGGCCAUACCCAGCCCACAGAUGACAGUGCGCUCCUCCAACUGAAAGAAAGUGUGAGCUUCAGCAUGUUGCAUUGACCACCCCCAGUACUGCAAGCCUCUGCACAUCUACAGUUCCAGAACACCAGAUACAACAACAAAAGCGGACCACGGCACACCUAUGGCGGCCUCAUUCCCCCCCCCACCCAUCCACUACUAUCCACUACUAUCCCAUACUAUCAACCCAAUCCCCCCUCCAUUAGUCCCCAUGGUCGCUCAAUGGGAAAGAGCCACGUGCCUCUGCGCCCACCAGCUCAAGAGCAUUUGUUCUCGCUGUUGGUUGCUGUAAAGGAUUUGCCUCCAUAGACAGAAAAGCGGAGCGGAUAACCUUUUGGAAUUCGGCCUAGGGGGUCCUCUUCGACCUUUUGCUCACUCCGGGAUUCCACUCUCUCUCUUUCUCUCUCAGUCUUUCCCUGCGGAAAGGUUGACACUUAAGAGGGUUUAUUUUUCCUGAAGAACUCAGUGCGUAGAGCCUCGCCACCGUCGCAGCGCCACUCAGGAUGCACAGCUUUAUGGGAGGGGGCCUGUUCUGCGCCAUAGUGGGGAACAUCCUGCUGGUGGUCUCAACUGCGACAGACUACUGGAUGCAGUACCGCUUGUCGGGGAGCUUCGCCCACCAGGGCCUGUGGAGGUACUGCAUGUCGGGCAAGUGCUACAUGCAGACGGACAGCAUCGCCUACUGGAAUGCCACCCGUGCCUUCAUGAUCCUGUCAGCCAUGUCGUGCUUCGCGGGCAUCAUCGCAGGCAUUCUCUCCUUUGCCCAUUUCUCCGCCUUCGAGAGGUUCAACCGCUCCUUCGCUGCAGGGAUCAUGUUCUUUGUCUCCACUCUCUUUGUUCUGCUUGCAAUGGCCAUCUACACUGGAGUGACGGUGAACUUCCUGGGGAAGCGCUUCGGUGACUGGCGCUUCUCUUGGUCCUACAUACUGGGCUGGGUGGCACUGCUCAUGACCUUCUUUGCAGGAAUAUUUUACAUGUGUGCCUACAGAAUGCAUGAAUGCAGGAGAGUGGUGGACCCACGCUAAAAGAGAGAGGAAAGCCAGUGGAAAGAUUGCAAAUCCGAGACAUUUUGGCCACACAAUUCCAACACGAUGAAAGAAUCAAGCUUACACCAAUAGACAUAUCACUGAAAUAUAGAAACAGUACUAGGUAAUUGAGAACCAAAGAUGAAUACAAAUGUUUGGUUAUGCCUGAGCAGUUUACGUGUCAUUUUAAUAAAGCUAUAACUCUAACAGUAAAA